AUGGCGGCCAGUUCAGAAGGUCAAAGCGCCAAGACAGCGCACGUCAACAUGAUGACGGACACCAUCAUCACAAACCUCCCCGCCGAAAAUCUACGGGUAAUCAUGCGGUCGCUGUUGGCCGCGCACCCGGAAGUCACUACAACUUUUGAGGAAGAGACAAGGACAUACAUCAGAGAUGUAGCUUUACCAACAGCUCAAGAAGAGUUGUCUUCGGAGGCCUCGUUGAGGAAGACACAAACGACGAUUCGUUGCAUGCUUGGGUGCGGGCUCAGUUUAGAGAGCAUUCCCCUCAUGACCGGGGUGGUCGGGGGCGGCAUCAAGCUUCUCAUAAAUCCAGAGACCACCAAGGAGGCCACUACAACUGUCUUGGCAUCCGUGGAUGGCGAUAUUGUCCAGAUCAUGACCGCUAUUGAGAAGAGACUGCUAUCCGCUGCACGCGAAACUCUUCUGGAUGACGAGCGCGAUGCUGUGACUAGUUUGCGAGAUUCUCUUGUAGACUGCAGAACCAUCACAGAAGAGAAGAGUUUGGAAUAUCCAUACGCCAGGGCGCUUUUCGCAACGUCCAUGCUUCUCGGAGUGCCACUUCCAGUGUUCGAUCUGCUGUCAGGCAAUUCAUCAGCGCCAAGCGCGUCCCAAACCGGCCCCGUUGAUGCAAAGGAGCUAUUCGAGAUGAACGGCUUCAGACUGCCUAGGUUAUUCACAGGUCUUUGGCAAAUGUCUAGCCCAUCUUGGGGCUCUGCGCCGACAUCUAAGAUCAUUGCACAAUUCUCCAAGCACACGGAAGCAGGGCUGUCAGCUUUCGAUAUGGCGGAUCACUACGGCGAUGCUGAAAUCAUCUUUGGUCGCUUCCGUUCUUCAUAUCCUUUCAGAGAUUCGACAUUCGCAGCAACCAAGUAUUGCGUCUUCAAUGCAAUGACCGUCACGCGUGCCGUUGUGCAAGCCAACGUUGCUGAAAGAUGCCGGAGAUUGCAGACAGACAAGAUCGACUUGCUCCAAUUUCAUUGGCAAUUUUAUGAGGACCCUCAGUAUGUUGACGCGUUGCGCUUUCUUGAGGAGGACCCGCGCGUCAAGACUCUGGGACUCUGCAACUUCGACACUGAGCACCUUGAGGUCGCCAUAAACCAAGGCGUCAAAAUUCACUCGAAUCAAGUGCAGUUUUCGUUGAUCGAUAGCAGGCCAGAAGUCCGCAUGGGCAAGGUCUGCCAGGAUAACGAAAUCAAACUUCUGACUUAUGGGACAUUGUGCGGUGGGUUCCUUGCUGAGAAGUGGCUAGGAAAGGGGCAGCCCGACCUCUACGACGAGGCGAUCACGCCUAGCCAGCGCAAGUACUAUGCUAUGAUACGAAGUUGGGGAGGUUGGGACCUGUUCCAAGAUCUCUUAAAGGUGCUCAAAACAAUCGCAUCUAUCUACAGCGUCAGUGUUUCCAACAUCGCGACUCGCUGGGUGUUGGACUUCCCCUAUGUUGGGGCAGUCAUUGUUGGAACUCGCAUGGGCAUCAGUGAGCGCGCGGACGAGAACUUGGCAAGUUUGGGUUGGUCUCUGAGUCAGGGAGACCGAGAUCUGAUUGAAGAAGUACUGAAGAAGAGCAGGAGAUUGGAGAUGUUUGAGGCGAUGGGUGAUUGUGGAGGAGAGUAUCGCUAG